CUUACUGUCAUCUCUAUCUAUUUCUAUCUAUAUCACAGCCUGGGGAAAACUUUAUGUUGCUUAAGUUUGUUAAACCGUUUUCAAUGACCAAUACAGUGCAGGUGAAGGACGAGGUGGGCGAUGGCUCCAGCCCGGACGUGAUUGUCCUGCCGGAUCGUGAGGAUGAUGAUAUCUGCGAACUGGAGCACUUGCGUAAGCUCUUCAUCGGCGGCCUGGCGCCCUACACCACCGAAGAGGGCCUCAAGGUGUUCUACGGACAGUGGGGCAAGGUGGUGGACGUGGUGGUGAUGCGUGAUGCGGCCACUAAGCGAUCACGCGGCUUUGGCUUCAUCACAUAUACAAAGUCCAUCUGUGUAGACAAGGCCCAGGAAAAUCGCCCGCAUGUCAUCGAUGGCAAAACUGUGGAGGCUAAGCGUGCUUUGCCCCGCCCAGAGCGCGAGUCGCGCGAGACGAAUAUAUCCGUGAAGAAGCUGUUUGUGGGUGGUCUGAAGGACAACCAUGAUGAGGAGUGCCUGCGGGAGUAUUUUGUUCAAUUCGGCCGUGUAGUCUCCGUCAAGCUGCUGACUGACAAAACCACCGGCAAGCGUCGUGGCUUUGCCUUCGUCGAGUUUGACGACUACGAUGCCGUGGACAAGGCCAUACUCCAGAAGCAGCAUUCCAUUAAGUACGUACACGUGGACGUGAAGAAGUCCAUCUAUAAUCUGGAAAAGAAGGACAAGCUACAGCAGGGAGCCUUGGCCAACGGCAACAAGCCGCCACCGCCCAAUCAACAGCAGCAUCAACAGGCACCGCCGCCACAGCCACAGCACAAUGGCAACAUGCCAGCCCCCCCUGGCUACCGUCCGCCAGGGCCCCCGCCUCAACUUAUGCCCUACCAGCAGCAGCAGCAGCAACCACCACCACCGCCCAUGAAUGCCCCUCCGCCCAACUACAACUACUGGGGACCGCCUCCAGCGCCCAUGCAGUCCUACUACCAGCAACCGCCGCCGCCGCAGAUGACCGCCUGGGGACCCUAUCCGCCGGCCCAGAAUGGCUGGAACGCUCCACCGCCGCCACCACCCGGUGCCCAGCAGUGGCAUCCUAGCCAAUGGGGUCCGCCGCCAGUGCAACAGGUGCCACCGGCCGGCGUGGUACCACCUUCGAUGGAUCCCCGUCAUGGCGGUCCGCCACCUCCGGCUCCUGGCAACUGGAAUAUGCAACCAAAUGCACCGACUUCGGGUCAGGGAGCACCCCCACCGCAGGGUCCGGCGCCCCACCAGCAGCCACCGCCCCAGCAACAGCCGCAGCAGCCGCCGAACUUUGGCACCGGCUAUCAGCAAGCCUAUGGAGGCGGGCCGACCAAGCACAACAGCAUGAACGCGAAUCGCAUGAAUCCCUAUGCUGCAGCGCCUCCUAAUCCCUACCAGCAUCCUCAGCAGCAGCCGGCUGCAGCCUAUCCGCCGUACAAUGCCAGCGCACCUCCGCCCAAUGGAAAUGUGCCACCAUCAACUGGCGCCAAGGCCGUGGGAGUGUCUAAUGGCUCGGUGGCCACCGGAGGCAGUGCCAACAGCAAGUACCGUCGCUAGAAAGGGUGAGUAGAUGAUGAAGGUGCAACCUAUGCAAAACCCAAUCGUACCCGCCAUUAGUCGUUUAUAAAUGUGGCAUAAGCAUAAGUAACAGGAAUAUGUAUUGAGAGGAAAAGAUCCGAUAUAUACAUUGCUCGAUAUCAUAUUGGAAAUAUCGUAAAGUAUCCGAAGGUUCAAAAAUUUAAAAAUCAUAAUUGUUUAUUGUUUGAUAUUAUUGCUUUUAACGAUCUUUCAUGGCUUAAAACGGCAAAUAUUCCAAUUUAAUAAUAUUGAUUAAAGUAUGUAUCGGACUUUUUCUCAAAUGCUGUACCACACCUAAUAAGAGAUACCCGAAUACGUCUUGCCACUACUCAUACACCCCCACAGGCUGGAAAGAAAUAGAUUCCUCGCGUAUAUUAUUAAAAAACAAGUAAAAUUAAAGGACUAACAGGUCCACGAUAUAUUGAUUCAGUUAAAAUUUUUAGUAUCAUUGUUGAAAUCGAUUUUUUUCCCAGCUAGUUACAAAUUAUGCAGUGUACGUCUAAAGACCCGUUAAUUUAUUUACUAAUGUGCAAUGUUCUCUUUAAUUUAGAUGCUCUGAAAGAGAUCAUGAUUCAAGAUUAAAUAGACUCUUUGAUAAGGCUAGGCCAGACUCGCUUAGUUACUAACAGGACACUUGACGAAUUGUCUCUCUCUAUAUCUCUAUCCUAUCUCUCUAUCGUAAGAUAACUAACUACGGUGUUUACUGUACAAUUAAGCUAUACCAUUGAUAAACCCUACGAUCGAUCUAAGCUAUGCCACAACCACAUUUUUAAACCGAACGUAUAGGAAGACUGGUAUUCCUAUUGUCCAGCCUGUUUUUACUUUGGAGAUAUUUAUGUAUGUACACUCCGCGGAUCGUAGCGUAUGCGAUAACAAUACAAAGCUCUCUUAUUAUCUCUCUCUGUAUGCAAGUCGAAAUGAAGAAAAGGCAAUUGAAGCAAUUAAUGAAUAGAAUGAAAAUUACAAAAAUGUAGCCUGAGCUUAUUGGCCAA